AUGCCAAUCGAUAAAUCCUGGCCGGGCUACAACAAGGGGACCAUCCCCAACGACGGGUUCGAGUGGAUAUGGCAAGAGGCAAUCCCGGGGGACGAGCCCAACAGGCCCGUGAAAGUGGUCACCAUCCCGUUUGGGUACGAGAAGCGCGUGCUGCCGCGAGGAUGGCAAAAGACGCCCGAGAACAUGCCGUUGGAGCUGGAUAUCAUCUUUGAGAAGGACGUUGAGAUUGUCAUGCGAGAUGGAGUCAAGAUAUAUGCAGACAUCUACCGACCCGCCGACACGGGCGACAAGAAGAUCCCCAUCAUCAUGCCAUACUCGCCAUACGGAAAAGGAGGCGGCGGAGCGAACUUGAUGGACGUGGUGCCCUACCGUGUCGGAGUGCCCAAGAGUCGCCAGAGCGGUCUGGAGAAAUUUGAAGGUCCUGACCCCAACGAAUGGUGUCGUCGGGGCUAUGCGAUUCUUGACCCAAACGCCCGCGGAUCAUUCGACAGCGAGGAUUGUUACGACAUCAUCGAGUUCGCGGCCAAGUACGAAUGGUGCAACGGCGCCGUUGGCAUGGCUGGCAACUCGUGGCUCGGCGUCGUCCAGUACUGGGCCGCAAUGGAGCAGCCGCCUCAUCUCAAAGCCAUUGCCCCAUGGGAAGGACUCAGCGACGUCUACCGUGAUCUGAGCCGGCGGGGAGGAAUCCCGUGGGCGCCUUUCUUGAAAUGGGUUCUGAUGGGUAUUCCAGGCCACGGUCUCCAAGAAGCCGUCACCGAGAUGGGCAACGCCCAUGAAUUCUACGACGCGUACUGGGAAUCGAAGCGCGUCGACUUUAGUCGCAUCAAGAUUCCCUCGUACAUCCUUGCCUCGUACUCGACCAUGCUGCACACCAUGGGCUCAGUCCGGGCGUGGAGAGAUACAGCUACGGAUAAAAAGUGGCUUCGUUUCCACCCACACCAGGAGUGGUACGAGGAUUACCACUACCGCUCUGUGGACGACUUGGACCGCUUCUUCACACGGUACCUCAAGGGUGAGGACAAUGGGUGGGAGAAUACGCCGAAAGUGCGAGUGUCGAUGUAUCGGUUUGGGGAAAAGUACCCUCUCUACGACCAGGUCGAGACCGACUACCCGAUCCCCCGCACAAAAUACACCAAGCUGUACCUCACGUCCAACAAGACCCUCGCAGACUCGCCCAGCGCAGCCGAGGCAGUGCAUUCUUACGACUCGACCAAUGGCGACAUGGUGACGUACGACUACAUCUUCCCCGAGCGGACGACGCUGGCGGGCUUCUCGAAACUUAAGAUCUUUGUGUCGUGCAAAGAACACAACGACCUGGACAUUUAUGUCAUGCUGCGCAAAUUGUCCGUCGACGGCGAACUGAUGGAGCAGUCCAAUGUGCCUCUGCAUGAACUCCCUGUCAAAUCCGUCAAGGAGGUCGCCAACGUCAACCCGACCAAGUAUCUCGGGCCAACGGGCAUCCUGCGCGCCUCGCACCGGGCGAUCGACCCGGACAAGUCGACAGAGUAUUGUCCCGUCCAUCCACACCUGCGGGCCGACUACGUCGAGCCUGGGAACGUGGUCGAGAUGAACAUCGGUAUCUGGCCCAUGGGGAUUGUCUACGAAAAGGGCGAGGGCCUGCGGCUGCAGAUCUCGGGCAAGACCAUGGUAUUGCCCGAGUGGGAUAACCCGCACGUCAAGCACCAGGAGCCGCAGUUCAACAAGGGCCACCAUAGGGUCCACCUGGGUGGGCAGCACGCUAAAAGCUUCUUAUUAGUGCCCAAGCUGUAG